UGAUCAGUUAUUACAUCGUCUUAAGAGGUUAUAUCAGUCCGACGUAAUGCAUGAUUGUAUUUUUUUAAUCUCGUGCACUUACCUUCUGCAAUGGAAGACAAUAAUAGAGAUCGUGUCAUAAUAUGGUGGUAGUUAAGACCGGUUGAAACGGCGUAAGAAGGGAGAACGACGGCCGUUGUCGCCCCACACGUGCAAAGGGUCAAUUACUUCAAACGAAAUCUCGGUAUCAUAAAAAACAUAAAUUUUAAAAUGCAAGGAGACGCUGGUUUAUUUCAAAGGACAACAAUGAAGAAAAUAUUUUUUUCAAUAUGCAAACAUUCUGUGUCGGCAACUUUAUUCUUAAGUACCUUUGUUCAACGAGAAACUAUGUCAUUUUAACAACUCGCUGGCUUUGAUAGAUUUAUUUUCACUGUCACACUUUUAUUUAGUGAAAGAUCUUCAUAGUGGAAAGUUUGAUUCUCGGUUUCUGUAGUUUCAUUCAGUAAAUCGUCUCAUUUGAGGCAAAUUGUUUCCGAGUUCGGAGAUGAAGUUUUUCUACUGACGGGAUAGUACCAUUUUGUAAGAUGUGCGAAACAACGUAUCUGGCGAAAGAAGAUUCAUAGUGCAGCAACAUGUGAGUCGCGAUAAGCAUAUAUGAGCAGUGCAACUUGCAAGUAAGAAGAAAUCCACACAACUUUUACUGCAACAAAGUGUCGGCCUAUCCGCAAAAGAAAAUAAGUGGUCAGAUUUUCACAGAGACUUUUGUGAAGCUCUAGUUUCUGCCAAUAUCCAAUUUUGGAAAGUGAACAAGAAUAAAUUCAGGAGUUUUCUGGAACUGCAUAUCGGGCGUGCUAUCCCAGACGAAUCAACUCUUAGGAAGAACUACCUGUCACAAUGCUAUGACAACACCAUUAAGAUGAUAAGGAGGAAGGUACAGGGAAAGAAGAUUUUCGUAUCCAUCGACGAGACCAGUGACGUAUAAUAUCGUUACUUGGCUAAUGUUGUCAUUGGUACUGUGGAGAUCGACAGACCAGGUGAAGUGUUUCUACUUACGAGUGAAGUAAUAGGAAGAGUUAAUCACUCUAAAAUUUGCAAACGUUUGGAAAAAUGUAUGUUUUUGUUAUGGCCUGAGGGUAUAAGACAUGACAAUGUCUUGCUUUUUGUUACUGACGCAGCUCAAUAUAUUGUGAAAGCAGGGAAGUCAAUUCAAGCUUUUUACCCGAAAAUGGUGCAUAUUACUUGCUUAGCACACGCUACGCAUAGGGUGGCAGAGGAAGUUAGAGCAAAUUUUCCUCAAGUUGAAACCCUUGUGUUCAAGACAAAGAAAAUUUUUGUCAAGGCUCCCUCUCGUAAAGUCCUCUUCAAGUCAAUGGCUCCCGAUGUUCAACUUCCACCAGAACCUGUCAUCACCCACUGGGUACCUGGAUAGAUUCAGCAAUUUAUUAUUGCAAUCAUUUCAAGAUGGUGAAAAGUGUUAUUGAAACACUGGACUCUGAUGAUGCUAGUGCAAUUGAAGCUGCUAAAAGCCUAUUUUCAAACAGUAAAAUUGACGGACAGCUGGCUUUUAUAAAAGCCAAUUUCAAUUCCGUAACACAUGGAAUCACAAGUGUACAGGAAAAAGAUGCAAACCUUGAAAGUUCUCUAUCAUUAGUUAAGAAAGUUGCAUCUGAUUUGAAAAAUGUUGGGGGAGAUGUUGGAAAAAAUGUGUCAAAGAAAGUAGAAAGUGUUCUAGACAAAAACCCUGGAUACAGAAUAUUGUGUCACAUUUCUCAAGUGCUAACUGGUGAAUCAUUUGAUACUUCCUGCAUUGAAGAAGAACUUACUGCCACAGAUGUAGUGCACUUCAAGUAUGCUCCAAUUGUAUCAACAGAUGUGGAGAGGAGUUUCUCCAAGUACAAAACUGUGUUGCCCGACAACAGGCGAUCCCUCACGUUCGAGAACCUCCACAUGCUGAUUGUUACCUACUGCAAUAAUUCUGAAUAAGGUAAGAUUUAUGUAUUUAAAUUUCACUAUCUUCAAGGAACUACGUAAGCUUUCUAGAGCAGAAAAAUUCGCCGGUAUAAAUUUAUUUAUUUAUAGUUUCAGCUCUGAUUUUAAAGAAAUAAUAACUGUGCCGUACUAACUGUUAUACAAUAAUAGGCCUAUUUUAUUG